UGCCGCCCGAGGUCGCGGGCGGCGGAGGGGGCGGUUGUGCCCGUCUCCCUGUUCCCGUCUCCCUGUUCCCUGCUUGCCUGCCUCCCUGCCUGCGGCACCAUGAAAGCCGUGAGCCCCGUGCGGCACCCGAGCCGCAAGGCGCAGCCCGGCGGCGCGGGGCACCCGGCGCUGCGGUGCCUGGCCGAGCACAGCGGCUGCAAGGGGGGCCCGCCGUCGGGCGAGGAGCCGGCCGCGCUCUGCCUGCAGUGCGAUAUGAAUGACUGUUACAGCCGCCUCCGGAGGCUCGUGCCCACCAUCCCGCCCAACAAGCGCGUGAGCAAAGUGGAGAUCCUGCAGCAUGUCAUCGACUACAUCCUCGACCUGCAGCUGGCUCUCGAGACGCACCCGGCGCUGCUCCGGCCGCAGCCGCCGCCGCCGCCCGCGCUGCACCCGGGACCCUGCCCCGCUGGCACCGCCAGGACGCCGCUCACGACCCUCAACACCGACCCGGUAAGAGGCUGGCUCCGUUAACAAGCCGGGGGACAGCAUCCUGUGCCGCUGAGCGCCGCUCCCCAGGUGCGCGGCCGCCGACGGAGGCACCGCGGGGGCGGCCG